ACUCUUUCCAGUAGUUGAAAGGAAAAACGUUACCUGGAGAAUGAAGAAAUAAAACUUUGCUCUGUGCAACCGUAUGAUUGAAAACGCAAUCCAGCGCUCCUCAGCCGUCGGACAUGCUUGUGUCCUCCUGCCCCCUUCAUCUGAUGUUGCAGUAACGCAGAUGGAUCGUAAUAAAGAGGCGGAAAUGGAAUUACGAAGAUCCUCCAGCCCAAGCAAGCUGAACAAGAGUGACAUGGAUGCAGACAAGACCAUGUGCCACAGCUGCUGCAUCUGUGGUAAAAGUUUCCCUUUCCAGAGCUCCUUGUCUCAGCAUAUGAGGAAGCACACGGGCGAGAAGCCCUACAAAUGCCCUUACUGCGAUCACAGAGCUUCCCAAAAGGGCAAUCUGAAGAUACACAUUCGCAGUCACAGAACAGGCACUUUAAGUCAGGGACACGAGGUGGAGAUGGGAGAGGUGCAGCUGGGGGAGGUGGGUGUUGCGGAGGGCCUCGGUGGGUGCACCAGCCCCACUAAAAGUACCUCCGCCUGCAAUAAGAUCCUGAAUGGUACUGCCCGGGUGGAUAAUGGCAAGAUCUUGCUGAGGAGCAGCAAGAAGGAGGUUGCGGAGGCGGUGCCUGCCGAAGACGAUGGCAGGCUCACCGGUCACCAGUGCACCUUCUGCAAAAGCAAAUUUGAAAGGAAGAAGGACCUCGAGCAGCAUCUGCAUCAGGUCCACAAACCGUUCAAGUGCAGAUUGUGUAGCUACAUGGCCUUGAGGGAGGAGACGCUGUUAAACCACAUAGAGAAGGACCAUAUAACAGCUCAGGUCCCCAAUGGGGAGGCUUUUACAGAGAACUGCAAGAGUGAACUGAGUGCAGGCGAGUUCCCUUGUGAAGUCUGUGGUCAGGCCUUUAGUCAGACCUGGUUUCUGAAAGCUCACAUGAAAAAGCAUAGGGGAUCAUUUGAUCAUGGGUGCCACAUUUGUGGCAGAAGAUUCAAAGAGCCCUGGUUUCUCAAGAACCACAUGAAGUCACACGGCCCAAAGACAGGGAGCAAAAACAAACCAAAAAACGAUCUAGAGCUCAUAGCCACUAUUAAUGAUGUCAUACAGGAGGAGACGAUUGUGACUGGCCUUUCUCUGUAUGAAGUUUGCACCAAGUGUGGAAACCUGUUUACAAACAUGGAAAGCCUAAAAGCACAUAAUGCCGUUCACUACAAGGCUCGGCGGAGCAACACCAUGGAGAAAGGCGAGGGCUUAACUGACGGGAACGUAAGCCCUUCCAUAACAAAGCAGUUUUUCUUGCAGUGUCUAAACCUAAGGCCAUCUGUAGGGAUAGAUAGAGUUACAAGAGGACAGCCUGGAAAGAGAGUAGCCGAGCUGGAUCCAGUCAGCAGCUACCAAGCUUGGCAGCUGGCCACCAAAGGAAAAGUUGCAGAGCCAUCAGAGUAUGUGAAGUAUGUGGGAUGGGACGAGGCUCUUGCUGAUGCGGAUGUGACUUAUGACAAGGACAAGAGAGAGUAUAUCCUCGUCAACCAGGAGAAACGCAAGCGAGACCAGGACUCGCCCAGCUCUUCCAGCAACCCCAAGAAGAAGAGCUGCGCUGGCGGGCGCCUGGAGAAGAGCAGCAGCAGCCCCCAGCCUGUGGAGAGCUGCCUCCUGGCACAGAGCGACCUGGACUACCGGCCCUCGUCGCGGCAGAGCCGGCGGGCGUCCCAAAACAAGUCCACCGAGUGCUUUGAGUGUGGCAAGAUCUUCCGCACGUACCACCAAAUGGUGCUGCACUCGCGCGUGCACCGCAAGGAGCGCAGGGGCUGCAGUGAGAGCGGGGCGCCCGCGCGGCCCGACCGCUACGGCUCCAGCAGCGAGGAGGGCGACUUGGGCUCCGUCAGCGGGCCCAGCACACCCAGCUCUGCGUCUGCCCCAGAGGACUCGGCCACCUCCGGCCUGGGCGAGGAGGGGGCCGAGGAGAGCUCGGAGGAGGGAGGAGCGGAGCCCUCCUUAGAUGAAAAGCCGUACCACUGCAAUUUUUCUGAAGAGGAGACACCUAUGGCAACAUCUCAAGUGGAUGAACUUCCGAAGCUGGGAAGCCACAAUGUCAGAGAAAAUGAUGCCAGUGAGUCUAAACCAGAGAUACCAGCACUGGUGUCCGCACUGGGGAAUGUUAUCAAGGAGCCGUUUUCAAAAUACCGAGAUCUGAAAGGUUCUGCAGAUGUAAAGAUGGCAGCAUUUCACCACAGCCAAGGGCUUCCUUGCUCCAGUCACAUUGUUAACUUUGCUCCAGGUGUGAGCCAAACAUCUUCAAACGUAGCCAUGGGCUUGAAAACAUCGCUUGAAAUACAGGCUGGUCGCCAUAAAGAAAAUUUGCCAGACCUAUGCAGGGAGCAUCGUUUCAUGGAAAAGGGUGCUGAAGCUCAAGAGGUAGCCCCACUCGAUUUGAGUGAAAAAUCAACAAGGGAUAAUUUAUGCAAUAAGAAUUUGAACACAUCCUUGCAGGCUGCUUUAAUUAUCUACCCGUGUCCUUUCUGCAGUCACAAGACCUACUACCCUGAAGUCCUGUGGAUGCAUAAAAGAAUUUUGCACAAAAUCAGCUGUAACUCCAUGGUUCCCCCUUGGGUCCAACAGAACGGAUUCAAGAGUAUUAAGAACAACUUGGUUUUUCUGGCAAGGAGUGGGCGCACGGGCCCCCCUCCUGUUCUCGGGGGUAAAGAAUGCCAACCGCUGCCUGUCGCCAGAUUUACGCGCACUCAAGUGCCAGGUGCUUUGCCAGGAUCCAAAAGCAGCUCCCUUCCCGUUGGGAUGACCCCUAAGUCUGGGAGCAUGCAUCAGCCCAAGGACAGCCAUGCAUUUGGCCACUGUGGUCCACGCGUAUCAGGUUUUGAUGGCUACAGGCAGCCCAAAUUAAACCAUUCCCAGGAGCAAUACGGCAUAGCAGCGCAACAGCCUCCCCUAAAAAAUAAGUAUGAAGCAAAUUCCAAACUUAUGCAAAUGGGAGCCUUUGGCAGGAGCAUAACGCCUACUCAGACAGUCAUAUCCAGGCCUGGCGCACAGCCUACCAACAGUAAGCCAGUGGAAAAGUAUGUGGUUCCCCAAGGAAGUAGCAGCUUUACCCCCUCAGGUAAGCACUGCGCAGCCGAUCCCGGGAAGGCCAAAUUCAGCCCCUCGCCGCAGUAUCACUCGCUGUGCAAGAGCGAGCCCUACGCCAAGCACGAAGAGCCGCCCGUGCCGCAGAGGGAGUCCCACAUCAGGGCUGGCAAUGAGCUGAGGACACUGGCAAACUGCGGUGCCGUGGCGCGAGCAAGUCCGCUCCUGCAGCCCCCGCCGAGCGCGGUAGGAGUCUCUCCGGCUUUACACUCCAGCAAGCAGGAACUGGGACCAGACGGGCAUGAAAAGCGUUUGGACAUUUUAAAUAUUUUUAAAUCGUACAUUCCAAAGGACCUUGCUUCGUUGUACCAAACCUGCGGUGCCAACAGCCCUGUCCUGGAUCACGCAGGGAUGCUUAGGACACAAACACGCCAAGGAGACUGUGUCUGCAGAGAAUGUGGAAAAUGCUUUAACCAGCCCAGUCACCUCAGGACUCACCAGAGGUCUCACGCAGUGGUAUUUGAGUCUAAUGGACUCCGAGGUACUGAAGUUCACACCACCUCCGCAGAUGCCCCAAAACAAGGGAGAGACCACCCCAGCGCGGACGCUGUCCACACGGUGCCUCUGCGGAAGGGGACCUAG